AUGGUAGAACUGCGGUUUGACAAUCAGGUCGCCGUCAUCACAGGAGCUGGUGGUGGAUUGGGCAAGGCACAUGCCCUCCAUCUUGCUUCGAAAGGAGCCAGCGUUAUUGUUAAUGAUGUCUCAAGAAAGGUACGCAAUGUGCAGCCAACUUUGCAAGCAGCCGAUGAGGUGGUGGGCGAGAUAGUCAAUGCUAGCGGGAAAGCUGCCGCCAACUACAACAGCGUUCUCGAUGGCGGCGCGAUCAUUCAGGAUGCCGUCCAAAAGUUUGGAAGGUUGGAUAUCUUGGUCAACAAUGCCGGCAUUCUACGAGAUGUUAGCUUCAAAAACAUGACAGACAAGCACUGGGAUGACAUUGACGCCGUUCAUGUGAAAGGCGUUUUCAAAUGCACCCAUGCCGCCUGGCAGAUAUUCCGCAAACAGAAAUACGGACGCAUCGUCAUGACAUCCUCGGCGGCGGGCCUCUUUGGCAACUUUGGCCAAUGUAACUAUUCAGCAGCUAAGCUGGGCGUCUUUGGCUUGACAGAAACCUUAGCGAAGGAAGGCAUCAAGUACAAUAUCCUUGUCAAUGCAAUUGCACCUGUCGCUGCCAACCAGAUGACGGCAACCAUCAUGUCUCCCGAGAUGCUGCAAUACCUGAGUCCUGAACAUGUCUCUCCUCUGGUUGGUUUCCUCGUCCAUUCCACCAACAAGGAGUCCGGCUCCGUUUUUGAAGUCGGUGCCGGCCAUGUUUCCAAGUUUCGAUGGGAACGAUCUCCAGGAGCUGUACUGAAAUGUGACGAAACCUUUACCCCAGGCGCUAUAUUGAAGCGAUGGGCGGACAUCAAUGACUUCUCUAAACCUGAUCAUCCCAAUAACACUGCCAAUAUGGUGGCCCACCUUGAAGCCGCACGAAAACAGGAGAGAAACGAUCCAGGGGAGGACAUCAGAUAUGAUGGCAAAGUUGCAGUCAUUACUGGUGGUGGUGCUGGUCUAGGACGUGCCUACAGUAUCCAGUUUGCGAGACGAGGUGCUGCUGUUGUGGUCAAUGAUCUCGUCAACCCAGACUCUGUGGUGGAAGAGAUCCGCGCCUUUGGAGGGAAAGCUGUUAGAAACAAGUCAUCUGUUGAGGAUGGGGCUUCAGUUAUCAAAACAGCAAUCGAUAAUUUUGGCAGGGUCGACAUUCUGGUCAACAACGCCGGCAUUCUGCGAGACAAGGCUUUCGUCAACAUGACUGAGAAACAAUGGGAUGAUAUUGUCAACGUCCAUCUGCGAGGCACCUAUGCCUGCACGAAAGCGGCUUAUCCCUAUAUGGUGAAACAGAAAUACGGACGAAUCGUCAACACGACCAGUACCAGCGGUAUAUAUGGAAACUACGGCCAGGCAAACUAUGCAACAGCGAAAAUGGGUAUCCUUGGAUUUUCGCGAGCGCUCGCGCAGGAGGGAGCCAAGUACAACAUCUACGUCAACACCAUCGCUCCUUCGGCCGGAACAGAACUGACACGCUCAGUUCUGAGCGAAGAACUCGUCAACGCACGCAAGCCCGAAUUUGUGGCACCCUUGGUUCUCGCAUUGUGUUCCGACAAGGUGCCUGAACGACCGACUGGAGGUCUCUACGAAGUCGGCUGUGGCUGGCAGGGCAGUACGCGAUGGCAGCGCUCCGGUGGACACACCUUCGAUGUCGACAAAUUCACCCCAGAACUAAUUCGCGAUCAGUGGGGGAGAAUCACGAACUUCGAUGACGGACGCGCCGAUAACCCCGAAACCCCCGACGAUGGACGAAAGAACAUAAUUGGUAUUGUCAGGCGGCUCAUUGGUCAAACGCAGACCACUUCUUCCACCUCAGCCAAGGGAAAUCCAUACCUUGUUGCUAUCGAGGCAGCGAAGGAAGCCAAGUCUUCAGGCUCAGAAUUCACCUAUACCGACCGGGAUGCUAUCUUGUACAACAUAUCGCUGGGCGCGACCAGCGAUCAACUCGACCUGGUCUACGAGGGUCAUCCUAAAUUCCAGGUGCUACCCACGUACGGUGUGAUUGUGCCAUAUACGGCGGAAAAGCCCUUUGAUCUGGGUAAGCUGCUGCCGAAUUUCUCGUACAGGAUGCUUCUGCAUGGCGAACAGUAUCUCGAGAUCCGCAAAUGGCCCAUUCCCACCUCUGCGCGGGUCAGAUCGCAUCCCAUACUGGUUGACAUCACUGACAAGGGCAACGCUGCCGUGGUCGUGACUGGGGCGACCAGUCUCGAUGCGCAGACUGGAGAAGAGCUGUUCUACAACGAGACGACCCUGUUCAUCCGCGGAUCCGGCGGGUUUGGCGGCCCUCGAAGCCCCACUGUCAACUGCGGGAAAGCUGCCGCUUCUUAUACCGUCCCCAAUCGAGCACCGGACUUCAUUGCGGUCGAAAAGACCUCCAAAGAUCAAGCAGCGGUGUACCGAUUGAACGGCGACAGAAACGCAUUGCACAUUGAUCCUGCCAUUGCCGGGGCUGCUGGCUUCAAGGAUGGGCCCAUUCUCCACGGCUUAUGUUCGUUCGGACUCACCGGGAAGCAUAUCCUGGCCCGCUAUGGCGCGUUCAAGAACAUCAAGGUGAGAUUCUCGGGGACUGUGCUUCCGGGCCAAACCCUCCAGGUCGAGACGUGGAAGGAGGGACAGAUGGUCUUAUUCCAAACAAGGAUCAAGGAGACGGGGAAGCUCUGUAUCAGCGGUGGAGGGGCAGAAUUGCUAGCUUCCGGAUUCAAGCUAUGA